AUGUCGAUGGGUUUUCUCUUGCCGCCCUCCUCGUCUGGCUCCAACGCGGACACGCCUGUUGUAUGGCGUGGCCUUAUGGUGAUGAAGGCAGUCCAACAGCUCCUAUUUGACGUGGACUGGCGGGCAGGUGUAUCACCGGAGACGGAUCCAUCGACUGCAGGGCUUGCGCCGCUUGAUGUAUUGGUCAUCGAUAUGCCGCCGGGGACAGGCGACGUUGCGCUGAGUCUCAGUCAGCUUGUGAAAGUAGACGGCGCCGUUGUGGUGAGCACGCCGCAGCAUGUAGCGCUGACUGAUGCGCGCAAGGGCAUCACCAUGUUUAACAAGGUCCAUGUUCCAGUACGUGCUUUUAUUCGCUACUUACCAAAGAUUUUGGGACUGGUUUUGAACAUGGCCCAUUUUAUUGCGCCUGAUACGGGUGCCACAUACCCAUUGUUCGGCCCUUCCGAUGCUUUUGACCAAUUGACACAUCACUUACAAGUGCCAGUGCUGGGGAAAUUGCCGCUGGAAAUGUACGUUAGCCAGGGUGGCGACGCAGGCAUCCCAGAAGUGAUCCGUCCACAAUCACAAAACGCGACUGUACCGGAAAAUACGUGCCAGCGCAUUUUCAUGGAAAUGGCAAGGCUUGCGUGGAGGGAGAUUGCUAUGCACUGA